AAGCAGACGAGCCUCUCCUCGACUCUCCGUCCUCCUGCUCACGGCCGCCUGCCUCCUCAUCUUCAGCCCCUAAAUCAUCGGCGCCAAACAGGACAAAGGCGAAGAGGAUUUCCUCCCCUGCCUCCUCUCUCCUCUCGCCGUUUUCAUCGCCGCUCUGGGCCCUGAAAGAUUACCUUCUCCGCUUCAUCUCUAUCCUUUUUUUUUUUUUUAAACCCCCACAGUCUUUGCCCCCUUCUUCUUCUUUUUUUUUCCCAACCCUUUCCUCUUCCUCGCUGCUCUCUCUGCGCCUCGACCGUGGAACUAAGUUUUCAACCUGCCACCCUCUGGAGUCCCCUCUGCAGAUGUCCGCAGCCUGGCGCUGAAGCGGGCGCUUGCCAGCAGCCCAGAUGCAUUCGCGACUCAUUGUGAUGUCCUUGAUAUGUGAGGUGAUCAGGAUGGGGUCCGGCGGCGUGCAGAAGCAAAGCGCUCACAGAGACACAUCGGAGGACUGUCGGAGCUGCCUGGAGUGUUCCCGCGACAACGGCUGCGUGCGUUGCCCCGAGAGACUCUUCCUGUUCCUGCAGAGGGAUGGGAUGUCGCACCACGGGACCUGCCUCCACGCCUGCCCGGCCGGACACUACGGACAGAGAGGGAAGGACAUCAACCGCUGCAUGAAGUGUCGCUCUUUGGACUGCGAGCAGUGUUUCAGCCGCGACUUCUGCACCAAAUGUAAACCUGGUUUCCAGCUGCACAAAGGCAAGUGUCUGAGCCGCUGCCCGGAGGGAACCUUCGCCCACCAGUCCGACUGCCUCGAGGACUGUCUCCUGGCUCCGCUGGGAGACUGGAGCGAGUGGAGCGUCUGCCUCCGUGACGGCGCCACCUGUGGGUUCAGGUGGGGGAAGCAGACCAGGACCCGAGGGGGCGGCCAGAGGACGCCCGAGGAGAAAACGGCAUCGCUCUGCCCGUCCCACAGCGAGACGCAGAGGUGCCGGAUGAAGAAAAAGUGUCCCACAG